AUGAUUGAGCAAGCGGUUCACUCGUGGCAUAGAUCGGGUGGGUUUUACAGCAGCAGCGGGAGUCUGCAGCAGCAGCAGCCAUGGCGGCGCCCAGGACAGCAGCAGCAGCAGCUGCAUCCCCUGUUGCUGCAGCAGCAGCAGCAGCAGCAGCAGCAACGAAGCAGCUCAGGACUGCAGCGAUGCGCAGCAUCGUGGCCCCCCCAGAGACUUCGAGCACAGAAAAUAGGCGGCAGCUAUUCUAACUCUAUGUUUUUCUUAGCGGGUGCACAUAGUUUGAGCAGCAAUGGUGCAGCAGGAGCAGCAGCAGGUGCAGCAGCAGCAGGGCUCAAACGCAGCAGCAGCAGCAGCAGCAGCAGCGCCUCACCCCCUGUGUCCUCAAGCCACUUCUGGGCAGAGACACUGCAGCAAAUGCAGCCGAACAAGACCUGUAGAGACAGCCGACGCAUCUUUGAUGGCCUCGUUGCGGCAAUUGAACGGCAUAUACUGCACUCAGAUCCAAGUCUGCUGCAGGUGAGGAGGAGAGCAGCUUCUGUGGGGAGCAGCAGCAAAGCAGCAGAGCAGCAGCAGCAGCAGCAGCAGGAGCAAAGCAGCACACCAACGGAGCUGCUGCAGCAAAGCAGCAACACGCGUGAAGGAUUAGCAGAUGAUGAUGCCUCGUUGAGCGAAACAGCUACAGGCUCAAGUCUGAGGCAACAGCAGCAGCAGCUGAAUCAGCAGCAGCAGCAGCAGCAGCAGCAGCAGCAGCAGCAGGAUUAG